UCUCUCACCCGUUUCCUCUUCUUCUCUUCAUCCUUGCUCGAUGCCAUCCCAUCAGUGUAAAGGCAGCCAAUAAUCCGGUCAUUAGGUGAGUUAAUAUGUCUCUCCCAAUUACAAUUGAGGAUUGUUUCUGAUUUUUUUUUUUAAAUUCCUUUCAGAUCUGAGGAAGAACCACUAGAGCGAAGAAGAAGAGAGCCAGACCUACACAAACCGCUUCUUUCCGUCCUCUCUCAGGGGUAGAUUCUCAUGCUGCACAGGACUUGUACUACUGUCUCUUGGACUUUUCGGAUUUUCUACUAGAAGGCAUUACUUGAGUUUGAAAAGCAUAGAUGGCAUGGCAGUGAGCUUGCUCUUCCUGAACCUUCUAGAGUUGAGAUUCGGGAUGAUGGUAGUCAAACUUGUGGAUCAGGCAGGACACUAAGGGAUGCUGCAGCAGUGCAGCUCGUUCCAUGCAGGGUUGGCACUCUCAAUGCCUUUUUGGAAAUGGCGAGGAGAAGCAUUUGAGUACUAUGCCAAAAAGUGACAAGCAGCUCAAGAGCUCUGGUUUGUUAAAGCGGAAAAAGCUAUCUCCUGGGGAUUGUGCUGCCCAGAUUACUGACAUGAAAGUGACAAAGCCACGGUUAGAUAUGACGGUAUUCGAUAUUGGACCGCCAGCAGAUUGGGUGAAAAUUAACGUGAAACGAUUUAGCGACUGCUUUGAGGUAUGUGCCCUAGUUCCUGGACUUCUGCGUGAGGAGAUCGAAUUACGCAUAUGAUAAUUUUACUACCUUAUAACAGAGGACGUCUAAAGCAACAAAGGUAGGAAUGUAGUUUAUCAACCUUGGAUAUUUUUUUGUCAAAGAUGUGACCCGCUUCCGCUUGUUAUAUUCCUAAUGUAGCGGAAGCAAGCAAGAGAACCAAUGCCUGGUAAAAACCAAGGGUCGUAGAGAGCCCUCUCUGUAAGGACCUUGAAUCUCAAGCGAAAGUUAAGAAAACAGAAGAUAGAUUGAGAGUUUCUCUCUAAUAUUCUGAUUCAAAUAUGAUAUUCUAGAUUCGUUCUCCAGGCUACAAAGGGAUUUUAUAGGCCCCUAACAGAUAACUUCGUAAAAUGAAUGCAUAUGAAUCCCUUAAAAUGCAUUAAUUGCAGAUGUAAGUUUAUAUGUUAUUCCAGAGAUGCAUGUUUAUGAUAUGUCAUCAGUUCCGUAUCUGUCUUUGUUAACAAUGAUCUUUUGUUUCAGUGGCAGCGACGAUCCGAAUUGUUCUACACCCAAAAGGAUGUUGAUGUUGUGAGGUCAGAGUGGGCUAAGUUUGUGAUGAAGUAUCAUAUUGCAUAGCUGUGAUGGUUGUUCAAGGCAGGGCUCUUAUUUUGGUAUUU